AUGUUCAGACUUGGUGUUCGACGCUUUGCCACUACAGCUAUAAGAGCUGCGGAAAAUGUCGCUCAAAUGGAAGCCCCAAAUCAAUAUGGCAUUGGGGUUUCCAAAGCUCAAGGCGUGGUAAAGGGUUUAACUGGAGCAAUUGGAAACACCCCACUCAUUCGACUAAACCAUAUCUCCGAUGCAACUGGCUGUGAAGUGUUAGGUAAGGCGGAGUUCAUGAACCCGGGAGGAUCAAUCAAGGACCGAGCAGCUCUGUAUGUUGUGAAGGACGCCGAAGAGAAAGGUUUACUACAGCCUGGAGGAACUGUUGUCGAAGGAACCGCUGGAAAUACCGGAAUUGGUCUUGCACAUGUUUGCAGGUCCAAGGGCUACAAGCUCGUUAUCUACAUGCCCAAUACACAAUCCCAGGGGAAAAUUGACCUUCUGAGGUUACUGGGUGCCGAAGUGUAUCCAGUACCAGCGGUGGCUUUCGACAAUCCACAAAAUUACAAUCAUCAAGCAAAAAGACACGCGGAUAGACUAGAGAAUGCGGUUUGGACGAAUCAGUUCGAUAAUAUUGCGAAUCGACGAGCCCACAUUGAGACUACUGGACCAGAGAUAUGGAAUCAGACCGGUGGAAAAGUGGAUGCCUUCACUUGUGCCACAGGAACCGGUGGUACCCUGGCUGGAAUCACCCGAUACUUGAAGACAAAGUCGGAUGGGAGAGUCAAAUGUUACCUUGCUGAUCCCCCGGGAAGUGUUUUACAUUCAUACAUACAGUCAGGUGGAAAGCUGGUUGAUAGAGCGGGUUCCAGUAUCACAGAGGGAAUCGGACAAGGCAGAGUCACAGACAAUCUAAAACCGGACAUUGAUUUAUUAGACGGCUCAAUGCACAUUAGUGACGAGAAGAGUAUCGAAAUGGUUUACCGCUGUUUGGAUGAGGAAGGAUUGUACCUCGGAGCUAGCUCAUGUUUGAAUGUUGCUGCUGCAAAGGAUCUAGCUGAAAAGCUCGGAAAGGGGCACACUGUAGUGACGGUGCUGUGCGAUGGAGCAUACAGAUAUGCGGACCGGUUAUUCUCCAAGAAGUGGCUAUCGGAGAAGAAACUCCUUGGAGCAAUUCCUAAACAUUUAGAGAAGUAUAUUGUGCUUCCGUAA